AUGUUUGCGACGAUUGUGAUUGUGUGUACGUUAUGUGGAUUGUCGAGCAGUUCCGGCUUGCAUCCGAUCGCACCCGCUGGUUCAGCUCCGAUCGUGACCGCAUCCAGCUCACAAUAUUUUGAAAGGACUUUUAAUCGCUUAGUGGCAGCGAAUCCAGUGGUACAACCAGUGAUUCCAGUAGCCCCUGUGCCAGUUCAACCACCUGUAGCAGUUGCUCCUAUCAGACCUAUAAUACCUGUGUUCCCGGUGCCAUCCGGCCAACCUGAAGUGGUGGAUGCUUUCAGAACGACGUCGAUUCCAAUAAGGCCUACAAAUCCACCUCAACCUCAAGAUGAUUCAGAUCAGCCAAAUAUUGCAAUAGCUGUAGCCACUGCUCACGCUGCGGCGCCUGUAGCCACAAUUCUUCUUCCUCCUUACCCGUUCGGAUUCCCGCCAUCAUUUGGAUUUGUGCCUCAGCCAUCUCCAGUUCCUACAGAGGACCCUCAAAGAAAAGAAACUACUACAAAGCAAAGUACAACAAUCCAACCUCAAACAACAACAACAACAACAACAACAACAGAACGUCAACAAGACUCUAUAACCUCUGCACCAACAAAUAUUGAUAACAGUUUCGCUCAAGCGCUACCUUCAAAUGAGAAUGUAAACUUUAGACAAUAUCUGGCACCACAGCCUAACCCUCUACCACAUCCUCAAAAAAUUAAAACCAGCGUAGAAGUAGUGCCGGUUCCGUUACAAUAUAUUGCUCCCCCACCACUUAAUUUGCACCAUCACCACCACCAUAACCACCAGCAGCAUCAUCAUCAUCAUCAUCACCAAGCUAUAAAAGUCGUACCACAUUUCCAUACAUUUAUACCAAAGCCGCACAAAAUAAUUAUAAGGCCAAUAUCCGGACCAAUAAGAACAAGAGUGAUGCGUAUACCUGCAGGUUUGGCGACUUACGGACCACCAAGAGUGGUGAGGAAAAUAUCAAAGAAAUAUUCUCAAAGCAACAAAUCCAAGCCUCGUAAUACUGAAAUCGUAUUUCUUGCUGCAAUGGCAGUAGCAGCUGCAAAGCCUGGAUUUGCACCAGUUGCAGCUCCUCUCAUCGCUGCACCGGCACCGCUUGUAGCAGCACCUGCACCUUUUGUAGCUGCCUCUAGCUCUCAAUAUAUCUCCAGAAACUACAACGGUUUGGUUGCUGCCCCAAUUGUAGCAUCUGCUCCAUUGAUUGCACCGGCACCAUACUCAGUGGCUGCGCCUUAUUCUGUUGCUGCUCCGUACUACGCAGCAUCAGCACGAUUCUUGGCUCCGUCAGCACCUUUAGUUGCCGCUGCCCCUCCUUACUACGCCCCGUCAGCCCCAUUCAUAUCACUCACCAUUACCCUCAUAGCUAGCUGCCAAGCUAGUGGGGUGGGACAUUUCUUCCCUGCAAUAAAAUCAGUACCUGUGGUCCGUUACGCCCCAUUUUAUAGUUUCCCGAACGUAAGAUCUAUCCAUGCCAUUGCGCCGGCUGUAAGAGCGGUUGCUCCAGCGGUCAUAGCUCCAGCGCCAUUACCAGCUCCAGUACUACCAGCUCCGCCUCCAUUGUACCCUGCUCCUGCACCGGUCUUAAGAGCUUCAUUCCUGCCAGCGCCAUUACCCGCUCCGGUAGCGGCUCCUGCUCCAGUGUUUGCCCAUGCUCCCGCUCCAGUUUUACCAGCAAUACCUAGAUACGCUCUACCCUCUGUACCUUUCUCACCAAUUAUAAGGCCUGUGGCCCCUGCUCCGGUAUUUGCUCCUGCACCAGCCCCAGUUUUUGCCCCUGCUCCUGCCCCAGUAUUUGCUCCUGCACCAGCCCCAGUUUUUGCCCCUGCCCCUGCCCCAGUAUUUGCUCCUGCCCCGGCCCCAGUAUUUGCCCCUGCUCCUGUAUUACCACAUCAUCAUUUUGUUAAGGCUGUAUACCCAGCCCCUGCUCCCCUAUUGGCACCACAUCUGGUGAAACAAGUGGCAUGGAAGUGA